AUGCGAUUCGCGCAGAUACCGUUGAUUGGCUUCGUUCUGGUGCACUAUGUUCUUGCUAAUACCGAAAGUAUGAUUGUUGAGCUGCAAGGGGAGACGGACGGGCUCAUUGUGCCGGGCACGCCGUGGCAGGGUCAAUUUGACGAGUGGCCCAACAACGCUAGCAGUUCCCGGAUUUCACUUCAAGGACCGGCGGGGAAAUACUUUGUGCGGGUGUGCUGGCCAGCGUCUGAGCCCGCCGAUUUCGACUUGCAGUGGGAAGAGCCGUAUGUCAUUCUGAGUGCAGCGAGAAAUGUCGUGCCUCUGAAGCAGGUCGAUCCAGUCGUUCGCUACAGCCUGAUUGCCAGCCGAAUAGUGUAUGGGCUGCCCGAGGAUGCCUGGAAAAUCACCCAGAGAAUUGCAAUGGUCAUUGUUCUAGCCUCCGUUAUUGCCGCCCUAGCAUGGCGUGGAGUUUUUGUUAUUUAA